GGAAGCCAUUUGCCUGAGUGGCAGGGGGACCGGAAGUGGAGGCGCUGCUGCUUGGUGCUGGGGCCCGAGGAGGGGACGCGCGCCGGAACGGGGCCGCCGGGACGAAGGGAGCGACAGACGCGCAACCCGCCGACGCCGCAGCCGCUGGGGGCCCGUACGGACCCUCUGCCUCUGUGUAGAAUGAGCCAAGGAGACUCCAACCCAGCAGCUAUUCCACAUGCAGCAGAAGAUAUUCAAGGAGAUGACAGGUGGAUGUCUCAGCAUAAUAGGUUUGUUCUGGACUGUAAAGACAAAGAACCGGACGUGCUGUUUGUGGGAGAUUCCAUGGUACAGUUGAUGCAGCAGUAUGAGAUAUGGAGAGAGCUGUUUUCCCCACUUCAUGCACUUAAUUUUGGAAUUGGGGGAGACACAACACGACAUGUUUUAUGGAGACUAAAGAAUGGAGAACUGGAGAAUAUUAAACCUAAGGUCAUUGUUGUCUGGGUAGGAACAAACAACCAUGAAAAUACAGCAGAAGAAGUAGCAGGUGGAAUUGAGGCUAUUGUACAGCUUAUAAAUACAAGGCAGCCACAGGCCAAAAUCAUCGUGCUGGGUCUGUUACCUCGAGGUGAGAAGCCCAACCCUUUAAGACAAAAGAAUGCCAAGGUGAACCAGCUUCUCAAGGUUUCCCUGCCGAAGCUUGCCAAUGUGCAGCUCCUGGAUACAGAUGGGGGCUUCGUGCACUCGGACGGUGCCAUCUCCUGCCACGACAUGUUUGAUUUUCUUCAUCUCACGGGAGGGGGCUAUGCAAAGAUCUGCAAACCCCUCCAUGAACUGAUCAUGCAGUUGCUGGAGGAGACACCGGAGGAGAAGCAAACCACCAUUGCUUGACUGGCCAUCAGUGUUAACCAGCAUCCCAGCUUCCUCAGAUCAGUUACACCACUGGCACUACAGAAUCCUUUCUUAAGGCACUUUGCAUUAUACAAUGUUCCUGGAUGUUUGAAGGGGAGGAGGAGGGAUUUAAACUGGCCCUGUAUAUAAAAGUUGGUUUGGCACAGGAGAAAAAUUAGCCAAGGAAAAUUCAUUUGAAGCCAGAGGGGACUUUUUAGUUGUAUGUGAUACCUUUGUUGAAUUAUCACUUUUUCCUAGGACAACAUCAAACACGAGUACAACAUGAAGAUUCUUUUCUUGGCCCUUUUUUCUAUGGAUUAUGUCUUAUGUGAUAAUUAUCACAUCUCUUGGCUUUAAACUUAUUUUUGGUCCAGUUUUAAGGUUCAUGAGUUAGUGUGUUGUGUUUUGUUUGAUUCAUGUAUCCUCAGUAUUUUUAUAUAACAUAUAGCAUCAGAUUAAACAUGCUUGUCACUCAAAUACGGAAGAUGCUAUAGUUACAAGUGAGUCUGUUCCUCUCCAUCUAGCAGUGAAAACCAGUUUUGGGGACUGUGGGGUAUUAUUUGUAUGCUGCUGAAUAUCAUGUCUAUAAUAGACCCAUGCAUGCAGCCUUUCCUCUGCUUCCCCUUCAUCUCUUUGCAGAUGGGUUAUUUCCUUUGCAAGCUUUUAACUCAUUUUUGAUCUAGGAGUUGCAUUGCUGUCAGGAUGAUCUUACUGAUGUAUGACUCAGUCUGUGUGGUGUUCUGUGAUGUAGGGUCUGUGUAGUGUUACUCGCCCAGAGUUCUGGUUGUUACCCCCUCCUCCUCAACCUGUUAUGGUUUGCUUUGUUUUGAGCAUUUGUGGUAGGGGUCAGAAUUGUUUCCCAUUCCAUAAUGCCUGAUAUUAUUUUAAGUUUUAUAUUA